UAAAAUGAAAGUAGGUGAAGUGGGACUUUCCAGAACUGGAAAUACCCAGAGUAAUAAACUAGCAAUGGAUUCCUCCAGUUUUACACCCCAAAUUGAAACAGGUAUACAGCAUAUGUCAGAGUCCGUUUUUGUGGGACUGUGUCGUACUGUGGGGACAUCACAACAGGUGGAAAUGAGGAGAGAUAUGAUGGACAUUGAGGAGAUGGUGAAAAAUAAAGCAAGAAAAAGUAACCAGCAGACGUCGAUGUUGAGUGGAAGUGAGAGAGAAGGAUUCAGAAUGAAGGGAUCUGAUAUGGAUGCGAUGUAUUGGUAUAACAACCAACCAGUGAUCUGGGACUUAUCUCAGACCCAGUUUUACAAUAUACACAGACAAUCCCUGAUUCUCUCUGUCUCUUCUGAAAGUCCACCCGGAUUUACUUUACUUCAACUACUGUCACCAAGGGCAGGUAACAGAGUUAUCUCAGCAUUAGUCACAAUGAAUGGUGGACGUUAUAUAUCUAGUUCUAAAUACAGAGAGAUCACAUGUUCCGAUGUAGUGCCUAACUCUACAGUACAUGGUCCAUGUAGCAGUGGAGUUAUAGGGACACUAGAAUAUGAUGAUGCCCAUUGUUUUGCUUGUGACUUUUGGCCUCCGUCUGCCUCCUCAUGGAUAGACAGAUGUCACACAUGGCCCCAGCCACAGGUUGUUAGGGACAUAGUCAGAAGUGGAUGUCAUUUUGUAGCAAUAGGACACAAAUUAGGAAGUCAUGAAAGCAAUGAAUGGAGAAUUUCAUUUUCUCUGGCAGAACAAAAACUUGUGUACUCAAUGAACCACUGUCAAUUCUUAACUUACGGUUUGCUGAAAUUGUUCUUAAAAGAAGUCAUUAACAAUGGAUUAGGUGAUAAUGAGAAAUUACUGUGUUCCUAUCACAUGAAGACAGCAGUUUUCUGGAUGAUUCAACAAAACACAAUACCUAACUGGUGUCCACAGAAUCUCCUGAAAUGUUUCUGGUACUGCUUUAAACUCAUCCUUAAAUGGGUGUAUGAGGGAGCCUGUCCUAACUUUUUCAUUCCAGAAAACAACAUGUUUCUCAGUAAUAUCCACGGUGAAGCACAAAACAGAUUAUUCAUUAGGCUGUUUGGUUUUUAUGAAAAAGGUUUAGCAUCUCUGUUACACAUUCCCUCCCUCAGGUCCUAUAUCAUGAACGUGCUUUAUAACCCCAGACUCGGUAUUUGUACUGAUGAACACACUCUGGUGUCUGAGACCAAGUUUGAUAAAGAAAUGUUCAGUGAGAUGUAUGUAAGAAAUUCAAUAUCGUCAUCAGACCUCUACCUCAAUAUGAAGUACUUAAACAUAGUAGAACAGUUGAUAUUCUCACCCCUGACAGAGUAUCAAAUUGUCAUGUUACAGGUACUUACAUCCUCCAUCCUUCACAGUGCUGUUUUUACAUUACAAAACAUGUACAGCAACACCACUGAAAACAAGCUGAUGUAUAUUGCUGACAGAAUGUCCUGUCACAUGUUGAAACUCACAGCCAAGUUUGGGUAUAUUUCUGACAGGUUGUAUAUUGCAAUGUAUUAUUACAAGACACUCAGAUACACAGAAGCUUUGUCUGUGAUAGAGAUGACAAAGGUCGACUUAGCUCAGCCAUAUGUGAUGUAUAACAGGACAGUAGACACAGAGAGGUAUGCCGAGGCUGUAGGGGGACGGUCCUGGUCUACAAAGUUAAGACAUGCUGUGGCUUGGACUAUCAAAUUAGACAACAGUAUCAUUUAUAUCAAUGAAUUAAUGACAGAGCAGCUGUUCUCCUCACUGAACCAUUUAUCUAACCUGUAUAUUCCACCCCUAGUUGUGUUACACAUGCUGGAGUUCUUGUGUUACAGACAUAUUGACACAAUGAGAGCACAAACAGCUCUUAAUGAUCUACAGGUCCUAGUUCACCAUGAUCAGGGGCUGUAUGUACCUCAAAUACUAAGAGACAUAUCAUGGCAGAUCCUGGGUUUCUGUCAACAGAUCUCGGGGAACCUCCAGGCUGCUCUAUACUCCUACCAACAAUCACUCAAAUAUCCAUACCAUAAAAUACAAAGUGCCACACAAAUGAGAAUACAUGAACUCGGAUAAAUAUAGUAUUGUACAUUUAAAUAGUUUAUAUGGCUUUAUCUAAUGAAUUAUUGUCAAUGACACUUCAUCAGUCAACUUCAGAUAUUUGUGUUAUAAGCUGCUUACUUUGAAUUAGAUAAGUUGUUAGAUUAUUUCAUCUAUGCCUAUUAAUCACUUCAUUAGUACACAUGAAACUCAAAUGUCGGUUUGGAUUUUUACACCUUAAAUCCUAAACUUUCAAUACGACACACUAUACAUGGUCAUAUUUUGGUAAAUUAAACAUAAAUUAUUAAAUAUUUUUCCAUCGAUACAUGUGAAACCUGAAUUAGAUUUUUAUAUCCAAAUUCCAAAAGUUAUAUCAAAAUACUUUAUGUUAAAGUUAUGUUAAACAUUUUGUAAACAAUUUUGCAAAGGAACAUGAAUUUCAAAACAUAGAUGCUGGAAUCAGAAAGAAACCUAAGAAAUAUUAAAACAAGUUAUUAUGAAAUACUUUAUGCUUCCAACCCAUGGUGGCUUUACAUACAUAUCUAUGAUGCAUUAUAGUUAUGUAUACUGUUCAAUCAAAGUUAUAUCUACAAGUCAAUAUUGUAUACAGGACAAUAAUUAUGGAAAAUAUAAUGUACAUCCUGGAGCAAACAAUGUUUCUGCUCUAUACCCCGGUAUUAUAAAUAAAAAUUAAUC